AUGAUAUUUUCCCUCCGACAGGUCAUGGAGAAGGUCCGUGAGAAAAAUCAAGAGUUGUUCAUGAUGUUCGUUGACCUUACUAAGGCCUUCGACACUGUUAACCGGCAAGCACUUGAGAAAGUUCUGAAAAAGCUUGGUAUACCUGACAAGAUGUUGAAUGUGAUCAUCUCCUUUCAUGAGGAAAUAAAGGCUACUGUCAUGUCUAGCGGUUACCGGGAUCGAUUCAUUCAAUGCAUCCAAGAUAUGAAUAAACGUCCAACAAAAGGAAACUAUCAAAUCUUGUUGACACCCCACAUGAUAUUACCAUUCCUACCUCUGCUUUUACAUCCACGGGAGGUCAGCGUCACUUUUGAACAUACGCAUCAGGAAUCCAGAAAUUUGAGUUCAACAAUGCGGCAUUUGAGCUCAGGAUUGUCUAAUCCUGAUUCCCAACCACAUGGUUCCAAAUGUAGUGGGACCUUUGAACUGUCAGGAUAUAAGCGUCGACGCAACAACAAAGAUAACGUCGACAACUACGAUGACGUCGACGAAAAUGAAGAUGAUAUCGACAACACCGAAAAUGGUGCCAACGACAAAUAA